AUGACUCUUGUUAGGCAACGGGAAGUGCUCGGUCGCCUCUGUGGAGAACGUAAUGUUAUCAGAAACCGUCCUGAUGCUGAAGAUUUGCUCGGAUCAACGCGCAUCGCUUUCAUUCGUGACCCGAUUGAUCGUUUUCUAAGCGGUUUCGUUAACAAAUGCAUACUCAAAGGGCCAUACGAGUUUGUGGAGUAUUGUUUCGGUUGCAAGUCGGAUUUGAACUGCUUUGUGGAAGCUUUUCGAAAAGAGUUAUGGACAAUCUACGAAACAAAGGGCCACCAUCAAAGCGCAAUUGGCUAUCAUCUCGCCCCGCUUACUUGGCAUUGUAACUUCAAAGAACAUCUACGUGACUACAUUUUUCUUCGACGUGCCAACGGAACAGCUGGCAUACAGAAUACAGCGAAGGAACUUUACCGAGUCCUGGAAAGCGUAGCUGUUCCGAAGAGUCAGCGGGAGGACAUCAAGAAUGCCGUCUUAGGUAGGUGCCUAUGUGGAAGAAUGAAAACUAUAAUUGCCAUAAGAAGAAGGCUUUUCAAAAGCCUACCACUUGCACGGUGA